AUGUGUCAUAAAACCAUCGAGACUUUUGCGGAUGCAGCAGUGCAGUUGAGAACUGCCAACACGAGUGCCGAAAAUGCUGAAGAAGAAUUUCGUGCGAAUCAUCAUAAUCACCUGGCUGACUUAUCCAGUCAUAUUGACCAAAUGACCUCUGUUCGUGAGGGUUUGAAAAAUGGACUGGUUGAAUUCAUUGAAAAUACGGGUCAGCGUACGCAGCAGUUUGAUAGCCACGGUUUGGGAGCUGAUUUACGCCUUCGUGUAUCCGAAUGGAACUCUUGCGAUUCCGCGAUCGUUGAUGAUGGAGCAGUGACCCGAUUGCAAGAGCUCAUGAAGGCGAACAAGGAAGGUGUAGUUGGUCUGUUGGAUGAGAACACUGAGCAGUUACUAAAAGUUGAAAAUUUCUGUGGGGAUACUUCGUACAAGUUCUCUUUGGGAUUUACCGAAGUUCACGAUAAUCUGGCGCAAUUUCCAGAACACCUGCGUGACCGCCUAGAUCAAGAUUUACAAUCCUAUCAACCCACUGGUCAAACUCCGCAACGGCAGAACUUCACCCUCCCUUCUGUGUUGGCGCGUACUGAUUCACACCGUUCACUUUUAGCUCGAUUCCGGGCCAGUCAGCAAAUAAGGAGUUUAGAGGAAGUGUCUCUCACACCACUUCCCGACAGCAACAGCUCUUUCGGCGACAGUCCCUUAACGAAAGCAGACCAUGAAAUAUCUGAUUUGGAUGUUUUCUGUUCCGAUCAAGCAAAUAAAGAGAAUCGUGUAAACACCAGUGGUUUGGUAAGUUAA